AGUGCGGGCGUCCGAACAGGCCGUGUGCGUCGGAAGCUGAUCGUCCAUCUCUGCACGUAUUCUGGUCUGAAAGCCACUCGAAUCUGACUUCGUCAAUCUCCAUUCUUCCUUCUCUAAAUCUCCAACGUUUUCUGGUUGCUUUGGCUCGUCUUAUCAACAAAGUGUUGUCUUGUGCUACCUCUCGGCUAGUAUUUGAUUGUCGAAAUGGAUUCUGAUCCCACCAGCUCGCUAGCUCAGUCUCCGGCUAAGGUUGCUGAAGAUAUUUCUGGUUCUGAUAAUUCUGAUCCUUCUGACAUGGUUAAGAUUGUUGGGGAAGAUCCUAAAAGAACUGAUAAUGAUGAAACUCCUAAAACUUUCGCAAGCACAGAAGCUCCCUCCGGAAAAGUUGAUGUUCAAUUACCUUCUAUUACUACUGCUGCCGAACCCUUGAACGGAACAGAAGACGUAGUGCCCUGCCCACCAAAUGCCUCACCGAGUGAAUCAGUUCCCUCCGUGUUCUCUCCCUCUGGACUUUCUACUUGGGCCAAGAGCUUCAAAUUCACACAGCAGGAUUCAAAAACUAUUAAUUCCGGGAUGUCAGCUUUUGCGAGAUUCACCAGUGAACUUGGGCUGCAUCUGCCAACAAAAGGUUCAGAUGAGAGUGGAGACUCCAAGUCACCAGGCGCGCAAGUUGGGGAUGCUCUCGAAUCGCUCACAAAAGCUGUGGUCGAUUCAUCCCGCAGUGCCGUGAAAGCUGUACAAGUGAAAGCACGGCAUAUGGUUUCUCAAAAUAAAAGAAGAUACCAGGAGGGGGAGUUUGACUUGGAUAUGACAUACAUAACCGAGAAUGUAAUUGCUAUGGGCUUUCCAGCCGGCGAUUUAAGCUCUGGUCUCUUUGGAUUUUUUGAGGGACUAUACCGCAAUCACAUGGAAGAGGUGAUCAAGUUUUUUGAAACCCAUCACAAGGGAAAAUAUAAGGUUUACAACCUGUGUUCAGAGAGAUUAUAUGAUGCUUCAAGAUUCGAGGGAAAGGUUGCAUCUUUCCCAUUUGACGACCAUAAUUGUCCCCCCAUUCAAUUAAUACCAUCGUUUUGUCAAAGCGCAUACUCGUGGUUGAAUGAAGACAUCCAAAAUGUAGUGGUAGUUCAUUGUAAAGCAGGAAUGGCAAGAACAGGAUUAAUGAUUUGCUGUCUGCUUCUAUUCCUCAAGUUCUUUCCUACAGCGGAGGAGGCCAUUGAUUACUAUAACCAAAAGAGAUGUACCGAUGGGAAAGCUUUAGUUCUCCCAAGUCAGAUUAGAUAUGUCAAAUAUUAUGAGCGCGUCCAAAAUUACUUCAAGGGGGAAGUUCCACCGGGACGAAGGUGCAUGCUGAGAGGGUUUCGCCUAAUCAACUGCCCUUACUGGAUUAGACCCUCCAUUACCAUCUCCAACCACAGUGGUAUUCUUUUCUCUACAAGGAAGCAUCCAAAAACCAAGGAUCUGAUGCCUGAAGAUUUUUGGAUGAAGGCACCGAGAAAGGGGGUGGUAGUAUUUGCAUUGCCCGGUGAACCUGGUCUGACUGAAUUAGUCGGUGACUUCAAAAUUCACUUUCACGACGGAGAUGGAGAUUUCUACUGCUGGUUAAAUACAACAAUGGCAGAGAACAGAACCACGCUGGACGGGGGUGACCUCGACGGCUUUGACAAGAGAAAAAUGCCAGCGCCUGGAUUCCACGUGGAGAUAGUGAUGAUAGAAUUGGACGGAACACAACCAACAAAACCCAAAUCAGACACUUCCCCAACCGAAGAGCAACCUCAGACUCAGAGCAGUACCCAACAUGCAUCCGACUCUGCCAAAUCCAAAACUUCACGAGACAGAGAUGACGAUGUCUUCUCUGACAGCGACGAGGAAAAACCCCGAGAGCCGUCCGAGAAAGCCAAAGGCUUAAUGCAUGAAAGCAACGAGAUCAAGGCCAAAGCACCUAUCAUCAAGAGCGAGGAGGAUUCAGUGAAAGGAGGUGGUGAAGGAUCAUCCUCAUUGAUGGAUUCCUCUGGGGCUAGUGAUAUAAAGUCCAUUGCUGCGGACGCCUCUGUUUUCUCCUUUGGUGAUGACGAUGAUGAAGACUUUGAAAGCGAUUGAGGCUCUAAACACAUCCAAGCUUAC